GACAUGUUCGGCGACGUGUGCUGGUCGAACGGUUCGAGCGUUCUGUGGCUCCGGCGCAGCGAGCUGCCGUCGGCCGUGGUGGGUCUGCGGUACCCGAUGGAGACGGCGCACAACUGCAGCUUCGCCGUGGCCAGUGACAGCGGCGCGCUCAUCGUGGUCGUCCGGCUUCUAGACCUGCGUCGGGAGUCCAACGGCACCUGCCUCGACCACGUCACGCUCGAGGAAGGACCGGGUGGCCGUCCCCUGAUCUUUGAGGGCCCUCGGUGCUCGUCGAAGAAAGGCGACGUGAUGCACGCCCUGGUGCGCGGGGUCGUGCACGUGAGCCUCAGCGUGACGCCUCCCGUCGAGCGCGUCUACAGGGGACUCAACAUCGCCUUCACCACCUACUUCCACGGCAACCUCUGCGACUCGGAGGAGAUGUUCCGCUGCGCCGCGGGCAAAGACGUGUGCAUUCCGCGCCGGCUGACCUGCAACGGCAUCAACAACUGCGGCGACGACAGCGACGAGCCGAGGCACCUCAGCAGCGAGCCAUGCAGCGUGGAUCCGGAGAGCAUCUGGGGUCCCAUCGUGUUCUGCACCAUCCUGGUGGCCUUCUCCGGGAUCGUCGUGUACGUCAUCGUGCUCGACAUAUGCAUGGCUCGCGUGUCCUUCAGCUCGAGCAGCAGCGUCAGCGGGGACACAACAAGCACGGACGGCGACGACAGCGGCAGCGGCGACGCAGCGCUCACGCCGUUGCCCGAGGUCGACAGCGACCAAGCCGUGCUCUUGCACAACGCGGAAAUCGUGGUCCAGACCUGACGCUCGGGGAUUCGGGCGAGCUGUGUCCGCGACGUCCGAUAUCGGUAGCUCAAGAGUGCUGCGCAGCGCGCGACAAAAUUGCGAGAACGUCCUCAUCACACGC